GGGACCUGCAUAUCUCCAUCACAGCCGUUAUUAUUUUCUAACCCAAUAGUGAAUUCAAUCCUCGGGUCCCAAUUACGCGGAUCCCAUCAGAUGCUCCCUAUACCUCGCAGUUGGGCCCGGGAGCUAAGACCAAGGGCUCUCCAUCACUUAGGGCCGUACUUCCAUCAAGAUCUACGUAUAUGCGCACUAUAUCGUGAGCUCGUCUUUCUUGUUUUGCCUCUUCUUCCCGGUUCAUAUUAGACUGGUUCUAUAUGACUAUCUCCGGAAAAGCAUGAGCAUCCUUUCGUUGGAUUCAUUUCCCUGCAUCUCUUAAGAAGGACGAUAUUGAAUCUGCUCCUAUAUAGAUUGCACGGCUCUCGUCAUUUCUCUGGUCCCUCUCCCAUCUCAUUCUCGUAACACUCAAAGUGUUGUCAAGAUGUCGUCCCCAGCAAGCGCAAGCAGCGAGCACUCUCCAGAAUGGCUCGCAGAAAACAAAGGUGCGAACAUAUUGGCACCCAUGUGGGCUCUGACAAUGAUCACGACAAGCACGGUAAUUGCUCGCAUCUACAUUCGAGUGAAGAUAGUGAAGAAUGUCGGAUUUGACGACUGGGCAAUUGUGGUGGGAUUGAUCUUUGGCCUUGUUUAUCUCGGCAUUACCACCGCCAAUGUCGUCGUCGGCUAUGGAAGACAUGCCGACGCCCUGGAUCUCCCUCACCUUGAAAAGGCCAUCUUACUCAACACGAUCGGUUUCGUUUUUGGCAUCCUCUCAUUUACCAUCCCAAAAAUUGCUGUGGCUAUCAUGUUAACCAGAAUCCUCAAUCCCAGCAAAUUUCACAAAUACUUUAUCUUCUCGCUUGUAGGAUUUACAGCUUCUGUGGCGAUUGUCUGCAUUCUGCUUUUGAUGACCGAAUGCGACCCGCCUGCAGCUCAAUGGGACAAGUCAAUUAAAAAUGCUACGUGCCGUGACAUUUGGAUAUUGAUCGACUUUGCCGUUUUCACAGGAGCGCUGUCGGCAUUCGUUGACCUGUAUCUUGCCAUCUAUCCAUCUGUUGUGCUAUGGAAAUUGAACAUGUCCGUUAAGAAACGACUUGCACUGAUGGGUGCCUUGGGUUUGGGUUCUAUUGCUGCAGCAAUGGCUGUAAUUAAGUGUACUCAGUUGAAGGGUCUUGCUGAUGCAGCCGAUUAUACAUGUGAGUAUAGUGUCUAUGAAUAUGGCGCUUCUCUGGGCGUGGAAAUCACAGGUGUUAACGGUUCUGUCUUUUCUAGUCGGCACAUGGCAGCUGGUUAUCUGGACAAAUAUCGAAGCAGACAUCGUCGUCAUCGCCUCAUGCAUUCCCACCCUUCAACCCCUGCUCGAAUACCUCGUCCGCAAGAGCAAAGGUACAAGCUAUAACAACAAAUACUUCAAUCGACUGGAGAAAGACAGCAGCGGGAUGCACAACUCCCAGUCCAUCGAAUUACGUGCACACCGCAACCGAAGCAAGCAGCAUAGCAUCUCCAUCACCAACAUUGAGCGAGGAGACGGCAGCCAGGAGAGUAUUCUUCCACCGACUGACGCCCAAAACGCCAUCCGCCGGACCGACAAUGUGACCAUCAACUAUGAGACUCGGUCAGACGAACCAGCAUCGAAAACGAGGGAAUGGUAAAGCGGCCCUGGUUUCUAUAAAAGUGUUGAUGUUAAGUGUUCAGUGACUUCGAGGCUUCGAAUAUAUGGCGAUCACGUUCGGUUCUGGUGUUCCAGGUUGGCGAAUUGUUAUAUUUGAAAAAAAAUAUUUAUGUACAUUUAUUUUCUUUCCUUUCCUUUGUCUUCGCAAAGCUUUCAUUUUCUUUUUGGCUGAUGGCCGGUUUAUGAUCAUCUCACGCAAACACGCACUCGUUUUCUCAAUGACAAUCUGCAUGUCACCAUAGUGAGGACUUGAAUGCAAACCAAUUAUUCCAGU